AUGAGCGGGGCCAAGCCCUCAAAGAAGAAGGCCGCCGAGGCGGCCGAGCUCGCCCACAAGCUCGGCUCCCGCUGCUGCCUCCCGCACUGCUACGUGCAGGACGGCUCCAAGACGGACACGGGCGCGUGGGUCAAGGCCGAGUGCACGAAUCCCUCCUGCGACACCGCGCUCGCCCUGCACGCUCCGUGCUUCGAGAAGCUUGAGAGCUCGCUCCUCACCUCGAUGCGGCGCGGGCUUCGGCAGGCCAGCGACCACGGCGACGCGGCGCUGAUCAAGCAGCUCUGGACGACAAAAUAUGAGCUGUACCGAUCGUCGUGCCGCUGCCGCUGCGGCGCGGGCUUCUUCAGGCCCAUCGUCGAUGCGCGCUCCUCCCAGGGCGCGGUCGCAACGGGCUGCCUGGUCUGCACGCAGCCCGUGCCGGAGGGCGAGGCGGUCCCCACCUCCUGCGACGGGUGCGGGGCGGGCGUGCUGCACGCCGCCUGCUACGAGCGGCUCGAGGGCCGCGGGCUGCGGCUCAUCACGACGAAGGGCAACACGUACGACACGGGCCAUGACGGGCGCGUGCCCACCAAGCUGGCCAAGAAGCUCACCGCCGAGAUGUGGGGUCCGAAGCACGCCUCCACGCUGCGGGAGCUCUGCGCGUGCGCGUGCGGAGGCGUCUUCAGCCCCCUUCCCGACGAGGCGGCGGGCGGAGAGCGGCGUCCGCGCGAGUCGCGCGAGCCAGGCGACGAGCAGGAGGAAGACGCCGAGAGGGCCGAGCCGGCCGAGUCGGAGCAGGAGCGGCGAGCUUCGGAGGCGCGGCUGCGCGCCCAAAAGGAGCAGGCGGCGCUGCGCGCGCUGCAGGAGUCAGACGCGCAGGGCGAGGCGGCGCGGCGGGAGGCGCGCCGUGUCAAGCUCGCCGCCAAGGAGAAGGAGAAGGCGGAGAAGGAGAAGGAGAGGGCAAGGCGCGAGGCGGAGCGCAAGGCGCUGCUCGACGCUCGCCGGGCGGAGAAGGCGGAGAAGGCGGCGGCAGAGGCGGCAGAGGCGGCAGAGGCGGCAGAGGCGAGGGCGGCAGCCGAGGCGGAGGCGGCAGAGGCAAAGGCAGCCGAGGCGGAGCCGGAGGAGGCAAGGGCAGCCGAGGCGGAGCCGGAGGAGGCAAGGGCAGCCGAGGCGGAGGCGGAGGAGGCAAGGGCAGCCGAGGCGGAGGCGGAGGAGGAGCGUGAGGCGGUCGCGGCCACCGCCGCGCCCCACGCCCCCUCCACAGUCGAGGGCUGCAUGGUGGCCGAGCGUCCUGGUGGAGACCCUACCGACGACCGCGCUUGCGACCCGGCCGCCGCCCCCUCGGCCACCGAGGCGGGCGCCAAGGCGCAGGGCGAGCGCGGGAGCGGCGGCGCGCCAGAGGAGGCGGGUGCGCGCGGCGGCGGCCGGGAAGAGCGCGCCGGGCGGAGGCCCGCGACACGAGCCCUCAAGCCCCGCUCCCCCCCAUCUCGGCUCGAUCUCGGCUCUUUUUCGGCCCACAGGCACGCGCCCGUUGACGCAGACGUGCGGGAGCACAUCCAGGCGCGGCUGCGGCGCAUCGCGUCGGGCGCCGUGGCCUCGCACACCUUCCCGCAGAGCUACACCCCCGCCGAGCGCGCCGCGGUGCACGCCGCCGCCUCCCAGCUCGGCCUGCAGCACGUCAACCAAGCACUCGGCAAGGCCACGGUCGUCGUCGUGAGUAACCAGGCCGCACCGCCCGCUGCUACCGCUGCUACCGCGGCAUCCGCGGGACCCGCCUCCGCCGCGCCCGCCUCCGCCGCGCCCGCCUCCGCCUCCGAAGACGUCGCCGAGUACCGCAUCAUCGUUGGCGCCGCGCCGGUGGAUGGCAAGAACGCAUACCUCCCCUCCGAUGCGGCCUUCCGCAAGAGGCCGUACCCCGCGCUGCGAGGCUACUUCAAGCAAUUUGGGCCCCUCCUCGACGUGUACGUGCCGCUCGACAAGGGGACGGGGCUCGAGCAGGGGUUCGGGUUCGUCACCUUCGCCACGCCCGAGGCGCAGGCCGCCGCCAUCCGGCGGUCUCCGCACGUGAUCUGCGGGUCCGACCCGCUGAGCGUGCGCAUGGCGUACGUGACCAAGUCGCGCGAGGCCGUGCGGAGCGCUUGGCAGGCGGGAGGCGCCCGGAUGGAGGAGGCGGAGUGGCGCGACCACGUUCGCCGCGCGGCGGAGGAGGACUCGCCCGCGGCGCAGGGCACGGCAGCGGCCCCUCCCUCCUCCGCCUCCUCCGCCUCCGCCUCCUCCCCCGCCUCCCCCUGGACGUCGCUCGAGGUCAUGCUCACCGAGUGCCAGGUCGGCACGCUGAUGCUGCGCGAGGAGAAGCUGCGCCAGGAGAGCGGCUGCCGCGACCUCUCCUUUGACCGGCUGCGCAAGCGCGACGGGCACAUGUCGGGCGCUUGCGCGCCGCUCGCCGUCGGCGCGUCCACCCGCGACAGCUCGCCGCUCAUGCGCGCGCGCGGCACGGCGCCGCAGGUCGAGGCGGUGGCGCGAUUCGCCCAGUCCUUCAUCGACGAGUCGAUCGCGUCGUUCCGCGCGGCGCGCUUCAAGACGCGCGGGUCGAGCGUGCCGUCGGAGCAGUACGUGGCCUUUCUCCCUCUCGCGCCGGCCGCCGACGGCACCGCAGGCAAGGCGGUCCUCGACCUGCGGCCGCGCGUGCCGCUCGGCAUCUACCCGCUCGAGGAGGGAGACUGGCAGUGCGCCGACUGCGGCAACUGGGUCUUCUCCCGGAAGGCUUGCCUCUCCCGCCUCUGCUGCGACGCGCGCGCCGCCAAGGGCGUCGUGCCGCCAAGCCAGGCCGAGCUCGAUCGGAAGGGCCUCUGCGCCGACUACUUCUACACGGGCGUCUGCAGGUACCAAGACAGGACCGGCGGGCUUUGCUCGCUGAAGCACGUCCGGGGCAACAUCGAGCGCCGAGUCGCCAAGUACGACCUCGAGCCGCCGCGAGCGCCCGCGUCGGCGGAGCCCUCUCCGUCGGCGGCGAGGGCAAGGCGCGUCGAGCGCAGCGUGAGCGUCCCUGUGGGGCUGGUGGGCGGGCUGAUUGGCAAGAAGGGCGAGGCGGUCAACAAGAUGACCGAGGACAGCGGGGCGCUGGUCCAGGUGGGCGACGCCGUCCCCGGCCGGUCUGGCGAAGAGAGCCAGAAGAUCCUCCUCUCGGCGGCGACCGACCACCAGGCGGACGAGUGCGCGGCGUGGAUCGCCACGCGCGUCGAGGACCUGCGCUCCUCCGCCUCGGAGCCCGAGGCGCGGCGGAGCCUGCUCGCGCUGCGGCCGCGGCUGCGCCAGCAGGUCGAGGCGCUCCACAGGGCGACACACGCGCCGCGGCUCGAGUGCCUCGCAGCCCUCGACGCCAGCGGCGGCGACAUGGACGCGGCGGCGUCGGAGAUGCUCCGUCUCAGCGGCGACCUCAGCGCGCCGCCCCCAGCCACGCGGCGGGCACACGAGGCGGAGCCAUCUCCGCCACCACCGCCACCGCCACCGCCGCCGCCGCCGCCGCCGCCGCCGCCGCCGCCGCUGUGGGCUCCGGCUGCGGGAUCGGCGCUCCCCGCGCCGUCCCCGGCGGCCCCCUCCGACGGAGGCGACUCUGGCGAGCCGGCGUACGGCGCCUCGCGCCAGGCGGAGGUGGCGCGUGAGGCGGCGCGAGCUGCGCGGGCGGCCGCGGCGCGGGAGGAGGCGGCAAAGGCGUUGGAGGCGGAGGCGCGAGCGGCGGCGGCGGCCGCGCGAGCGGCGGUGGCGCGGGCGGUGGCAGUCGCGCGGGAGGCUGAGGCGCGCGAGUCCGAGGCGGCGGCGGCGGCGGAGGAGGCGAGCCGGGAGGCGGCGGCUGCGGCGGCGGCUGCACAAGAGGCGGCAGAGACGGCGGCGGCGGUGACCCGGGCGCAGGAAAUGGCGGCAGCGAUGCGGGCACAGGAAGAGGCGGCAGCCGCCGCCGCCGCUGCGCCCGCCGCCGCCGCGCCUCCGGCUGCGGCGGUCGAGUCGCUCCCCAGCAAGGUGAAGCGAAUCCGGGAGGCUCUCACCCUGCCCACGGGCGGCGGCGGGAUCAUGAAAGUGGUGGCCGACGCGCACGCCGCCCUCGGCCUUGAGCCGAGCGGCCCGCUGAUCCAGCAGGCGCACGCCAAGGAAGCUCAAGGAGGACUGGAGGAGCACGGCAAGAUCACGGGCAGGCCCCCGGACGUCGAGGUGGAGCCGUGGGACGAGCCCGACGAGGGCGAGAAGCUGCGCGCCUCCGCGCGGCCGCCGGAGCCGGCUACGAGGGCGCAGCGGCGCUUCACGACGGUGGUCCACAACAGGAACUGGCGCGACCUCGCCGUGGAGCUCGCCAAGGAGGGAUCCGCGGGAUCGCGGUCUGCUCCUCGCGGCAAGAAGGGCAAGGCGCAGGCCAAGGGCAGGGAGCGGGCGAAGCAUGCGGCUUGGCGGGAGGCGGUCCGCUUCGUGGCGAAGUGCGUCUCCGUGAGUAACGUCUGCUUUGAGGCGGAGCAGAUCAUUCUGCACGGCGUGGAUGGCACGGCAUUCGACCGGCUGAACGGCCUCCUCAACCGGACGCGCGACCCUUCGGACGCAUUCUCGCGCCUGCACCCGGCGCACCGCCCGACCGUCCUACUCGCGCGGCCGGGCGACGCCUUCGAGUACCUCCCCCUGGCCAUCGGAGUCAAGCGGCACUUCCUCUCCCGCCAUAUCAUCGGUCCGGCGCCGGCGGAGGGCUUCUCGCCCGCGCCUGCCAUCGCCUUCUACACGACGUGGUCCAAUUCGUUCACCGAGAUCUUCUCGCGCGCCGUAGUGCAGCUUUUCGAGCUCUGGUGCCGCGACUUGCCGAGUCGCGACGUCCAUCUCAUCCCGGCGAUGUGGGGCUCUAACUGGGGACCCGACUACGCGCGCUUCUGGCUUCACCCGUUCACGGCCCACGCCGUCGAGCCGAUGGCCCUCACACCAGACAGGCCAGACGUGAAGCCGAUGUGGCGAGCACUCGCCAUGGAGCGCUCCGUGGCGCGAUACCGCGAGGCGUCGGCCGCCAUGUUCGCCGCCCGCACGCGGCCGCGCUGCUUCCUUCGAGCCACGGUCUGCGACUACUCGAACAUCCCCUCCCCUCGCCACGCGCGGCCGUGGGCCGCCAUGCAGGCGGUGGUAGCCUUCCACGCCGCCCGCCCAGCCGCAUCUACAGCCUCCCCCCGUCAAUCCUCCUCCGCCGCCUCCGCCACCCCCGGCUCGGCCGGCGCCGGUGGCCGACUCGGACCGCCAGGCCUUCUGCGCGUCGUCCUCGCCAACCGGACAGGCCGUCGCCGGCUGCUAGACCUGGAGGCGCUGGUGGCGGAGUGCGACGGCUGGCGGCCGCCGUCGCCGCACGCGGCAGUGCGCGUGCGCUGCGUGUCGCACAACUUUGGAGUCGGGCUAGUGGCGUCGCUGCCCGUGAUCGCGGACUCCGACGUGAUGGUCACCCCCCACGGCGCCGACAUGGUGAACGCUUUUGCACUGCACCGCGGGUCCAGCGUGCUCGAGGUUAUGCCCGUCCACCGGGCGGGCUGCCCGUGCCAGAUGUACAAGGAGCUCCUCUCCUCCGAGGGCGGAGGCCCUCCCGCCGUGCUGCACUACCAGCUGAGAACAAAGAACAGGAGCAUGGCGGUGGCCGGCGAGGGCAAGGUUGGCUACAACAUGGACUUGCGGCUGCCGUGGCCGGCGCUGCGCCGGGCGCUGCUGCAGGUCCUCGCUGUGGGCGGUAGGGCCGAUAACUAUCAGUACACGACGUUUGCGUAUUGA